GUUGUCUCCAUUCUCCAGACACUUUCGGUCUUCAACCAUCACUGUGUAACUAGAGAAUGCGGUUCCAGUUCAUCCUAGUUUGUCUGAUCACAAUUGGGUGUGGCAUGGAUGCCAGACCGCCGUUCCAACUUGAGCCAGCUGAAGUGCAGACAGGGCUUGUUGGUACUCGACGGGAUAAAACAAUUAUCAAUCCUUCAUGGGAAGAUGACCUUGAAGAACGACACCCUUUGGUCGUGUUCUCGGACAAAGUUCCACAACGUACUGACAACAGCCAAGAUCCGUAUCAAGCUUCCCUGUUUGAAAAGUUGAUCAAGACCUCACCUCUGUUGAAAUCUCUGUCUUCUCGAGAGCGUUCAACCAUCAUCAAGAAUUGGGAAGGAAAUAAAGAAAACGUGAUCUCGCUUUGUGUGGCUUCCAAGAAGCUUUGGGAGCUUCACUUGAAGAUGGAAAAGCUGUGCGCUUGGUUCGAAACUAUAACCAGUCGUGACGUUUUUUCAUCGGCAAAAAAACUUCUUGAGCAAUCUAAAAAGCACAUUUUUGUUAUCAAACAAGCCAGGCUAUUGGAGCUAGGACAAGUUGAUUCGUAUUCAAAUCUAAGACUAAUUGAAGAACCAGUCGGUUUAUUCAACCAACAAGGAACUGUCAAUGAUCUACCAGGACAACAAUCAAAAUCACUCGACAGUUUUCAUCCAGAUAUUCUUCGAAUGAUUGCCGGAAAAUUCUGGCAAGAGUAUGGCAAGAGUAUGUGGAGAGAAAUGAAGGCUUUGAGUAUCAAGUGCGCUUCGCAAUUCCAGGGCUUCUUAACAUCGUCUGAUCCAGCGUUUUUGUGGAACGUUCCCGCGCGGAUCUAUCUGUUCCAAACCCUCAAUUUGUUGUUCAAGAAUGGAUUCAUCAAUCGAGAAGCUGUAAGAGGAUCAUUUCAUGAUCCGGUACUCAUCAAGGAAGUCAUCUACUAUGCUAUUUCUGGAUUCAAAGAUGAAUAUAAAUCCAAAGAUGAUUUUUUGGGUGAUUAUUUAUCAAUCACCAAACAUCCCUACUGGCCGCUAUUGAAUGAGUCUUUUAAUGGUAAUCUAAUACUUGUCUCUCUUCUAUCUUCUUCAACUUUCAAAAUAUCAAUGUACUCGAAUUCUUGA